GGGGGGACUGGCGCGUCUUGCUAUUUCAGCAAACUGUGUUCAAUCUUGGCGACCGACUAGCUAUAUAUUUAGCAGUUUUCUUAAUUAACCAUGCCUGCCUUAAUUGUAGGCGUUCUUUUUACCGGCAGCCUGUUAUGCGGAGCGACAGUCACUUUAACCUCAUUCAGUGUGCCCGAAAAGAAGUCUAACUGCCCCCUCGGCUACUUUCCAUGUGGCAAUCUGACCAAAUGCCUUCCUCAGCUACUGCACUGCAAUGGUGAGGAUGACUGUGGUAAUCAGGCCGACGAAGAAAACUGUGGAGAUAACAAUGGCUGGCCUAAUCUUUUUGACAAAUACUUUGGAAUCCUCAAUAACGACUUUGGAACCAAGUCCAACAAAUGCUUGCUUGGGAUUGUCCCAGACUCUUGCCUCUGCAGAGGCCUGGAGUUGGACUGUGACGGAGCUCAGCUGCGGGCUGUCCCAGCAGUGUCUACAAAUGUCACCAUGAUGUCUCUACAAAGAAACAGGCUGAGGAAACUCAAUGCUGACAUAUUUUAUAAGUACCAGAAUCUUCAAAAACUAUAUCUGCAGCACAACAGAAUCCGAGUGGUGAACCCACACGCCUUCAGAGGACUGUAUAAUUUAACAAGACUGUAUUUGAGCCAUAAUAAGAUAUCCGUUCUAAGGCCUGGGGUAUUCCAGGAUCUUUAUAAGCUUGAGUGGUUGAUAUUGGAAAACAACAAAAUUAACCAGAUUUCCUCACUGACAUUCUCAGGGUUACGCUCACUGGUCCUUCUGGUGCUGCUUAAUAACGCUCUCAGUCAGCUGCAUGACAAAGCCAUCUGUCUGGAGAUGCCCAAACUGAACUGGCUUGACAUGGAAGGAAAUCAGAUUGAGAGUGUUGGAAAUGUGACUUUCUCCUCUUGCAACAUGCUGACUGUGCUUGUUUUACAGCGAAACAGAAUCAGCCACUUACAUGAAAACGCUUUCUCACCACUCCAGAAGCUUGGCGAGCUAGAUUUGUCCAGUAAUAGAAUUGAAACAAUUCCCCCAAAUCUUUUUGUCGAUCUUGGUGAACUGCUGCAACUGAAUAUUUCUUACAACCCCAUUCUGGAGUUGCAAAUGGACCAUUUUGAUAACCUGCACAAAUUAAAAUCACUAAGCAUAGAGGGGAUGGAGAUUAGGAACAUACAGAGACGGAUGUUUGAACCUCUGAAAAACUUGACUCACAUAUACUUUAAGAAGUUCCAGUACUGUGGCUAUGCUCCACACGUGCGCAGCUGCAAGCCCAACACAGAUGGCAUCUCCUCCUUUGAGGACCUGCUGGCCAACAUUGUGCUGCGGGUCUUUGUCUGGGUGGUGUCGGCCACCACCUGCUUCGGGAACAUCUUCGUCAUUUGCAUGCGAUCUUACAUCAGAUCCGAGAACAAGCUGCAUGCCAUGUGCAUCAUAUCCCUUUGCUGUGCAGAUGGCCUGAUGGGUGUGUACCUCUUUGUGAUUGGUGCGUUUGACCUGAAGUUCCGUGGGGAAUACAACCGCCACGCCCAGUCAUGGAUGGACAGCAUGCAGUGCCAGGUGGUGGGCUCCCUGGCCAUGCUGUCCACCGAGGUGUCCGUGCUGCUGCUCACCUACCUGACGCUGGAGAAGUACAUCUGCAUCGUCUACCCCUUCCAGUACCUGACCCCGGGCCGCUGUCGGACCGUCAGCAUCCUGGUGGUCAUAUGGGUGCUGGGCUUCGUCAUCGCCUUCAUCCCGCUGGUCGCCAAGGGGUUCUUCCGGAACUUCUACGGCACAAACGGGGUGUGCUUCCCGCUGCACUCUGAGCAGCCCGAGACUAGGGGGGCACAGGUCUACUCAAUUGUCAUCUUCCUGGGGUUGAACCUCGUGGCAUUUCUCAUCAUAGUGUUUUCUUACGGGAGCAUGUUCUACAACAUACAAAAAACAGGAACCAGAGCAACAGAGUACAGUAAUCACAUCAAAAAGGAGGUGACCAUCGCCAAGCGGUUCUUCUCUAUUGUCAUCACAGACUCACUCUGCUGGAUACCCAUUUUUAUAUUAAAGAUAUUAUCUUUGAUGCAGGUGGAAAUCCCAGGCACAAUCAGUUCCUGGGUGGUGAUAUUCAUCCUGCCAAUAAACAGCGCGCUCAACCCCAUCCUGUACACGCUGACGACGCGCCCGUUCAAGGAGACCAUCCUGCAAGUGUGGAUCAACUACAGGCAGAGGAGGCCUCUCUCCCGCGGCCACGCGGCCUACACGCCCUCCUUCACCUGGCUGGAAAUGUGGCCCGUGCAGGACUCCGCCCCGGCGCUGUCCUCCCCCGAGUACCUGGCUCACCCCUCCGAAAUGUCAUUCACCUCAGGGAAGUCAGAGCUCCUGCCAGCCAAGAGUAGAAAUGGUGUAUGA